AUGGGGAGCGAGGCUGAAAAGAUAUUCACUUCGUUCAACCUAAGUGAAGACGAAAAGAAAAGCUACGAGGCGGUGCUUAAGAAGUUUGACGAGUACUUUAUUCCCCGCCGCAACAUCAUACAUGAGCGGGCUUGUUUCUAUCAGCGCGGCCAGCAGCCCGGGGAAACGGCAGAGCAGUAUAUCCGUGUUUUGUACGAGGUGGCGGAGCAUUGCGAGUUUGGCGAUAAGCGGGAUGAGCACAUCAGAGAUCGCUUGGUAGUGGGCAUUCAAGAUAAAGAGCUGUCCCGUAAGUUCCAACUCAAAGCAGACCUGACGUUACAAGAGGUGACUGAACAAAUUCGCCAGGCAGAAGAGAUCAACAAGCACGUCAGCCUCCAGUCCAGCGCGCCAGAGGCCAUGGCGGUGAACAUGGUCCGGCGGCAGAGCGGACCUCACACGGACAGACCGGGGCGUUAUAGACCGCGCCAAGAUGCAAGCAGCCGGCAGGAAACAUACAAAAUGGAGGGCUGCGGGAAAUGCGAUGUUACAGUCGUCAAUCAGAGCACAUACAAGAUGAUGAAGCCAAAAAUUGAGCUGCAACUACCAAACACCAGGUUUGUGAGUCCAGGCGGAGAUCUCAAAUGCAUGGGGCUGUUCCAGGCUACCACCAAGUAUAAAGAGCAGCAGUACACGUUCAAUGUUUAUGUCAUAGAAGGGAAAGUCAGCUGCUUACUGGGGCGCCAUGAGGCAGUGGAGAUGGGCCUUGUGAUAAGAGUGAACGAGGUCAGUACUGUUUUCAGCUCAGGUGGACUGCUGGACACAGAGCCAGUGAAGAUAGUUCUACAAGAGGGUGCCCAGCCAUAUGCAGUACAUACAGCCAGACGGAUUCCCCUGCCCCUCGUCCCUCUGGUAAAGAAGGAGCUGCACCGAAUGGAAAGCGAAGGCAUCAUUGAAAAGGACAACCUGAAACCAGGCUGGCCUGAUAUGGACAAAAUCCAACAGGCUGAUGCCUCAGCUAAACAGAAGCAGGCACACUUCUACAAUCGCAGACACGGAGUGCGUUGUCUGCCACCACUGAGCCCAGGGGACCCUGUGCUUACUAAACUGGAUGGACAAAAACAGUGGACGAGGCCAGCUGUCAUUCAAGGUAAUGUGUUUGUGGUGAGUUUGGCCUUUGCUGACCUAGUGGUUGCCUUCUAUCCAUAUCCCUUGGUCCUCUACGCUCUCUUCCAUGAUGGCUGGGCGCUAGGAAACACGCAAUGCAUGGUCAGUGGUUUCGUUAUGGGACUGAGUGUCAUCGGCUCCAUUUUCAACAUAACAGGAAUCGCGGUGAACAGAUACUGCUACAUCUGUCACUCUUUCUCCUACAGCCGCCUGUACAGCUACCGCAACACCCUGCUGUUUGUGGCCUUAAUUUGGCUGCUGACUGUGGCUGCCAUAGUUCCCAAUUUCUUUGUGGGAUCCUUGAAAUAUGACCCCCGGGUUUAUUCUUGCACGUUUGCCCAGAAUGUAAGCAGCUCCUACACUGUAGCCGUGGUGGUGGUUCAUUUCCUGGUUCCCAUCGGAGUGGUUACCUUUUGUUAUCUACGCAUCUGGGUGCUAGUCAUUCAGGUGAGAAGAAAGGUGAAGACAGAGGAGAGCCCACGCAUCAGGCCCAGUGACCUGAGGAACUUCCUCACAAUGUUUGUGGUGUUUGUGCUGUUUGCCAUCUGUUGGGCGCCUCUGAACCUGAUCGGCUUAGCCGUGGCCAUAGACCCGACCCGAGUUGGCCCGCGCAUCCCAGAGUGGCUCUUUGUGGUCAGCUAUUUCAUGGCCUACUUCAACAGCUGUCUCAAUGCAAUCAUCUAUGGCUUACUCAAUAGAAACUUCCGGAACGAGUAUAAGCGUAUCGUCACCUCUGUGUGGGUGACACGCCUCUUUGUGACAGAAACAUCUCGGGCCGCGACAGACGGGAGAAGCAUGAAGAGCAGGCAGUCGCCUCAGCCAGCACUCAACAACAACGAGUCUCUGCGGGAGCGCAUUAAUAAAGACUGA